AUGGAAAAUGCAGUUUCACUGGUAGGACAAUCCGCCUCUCCUGAAGUUUUGCAGAAGCUGACUUAUCUCGCUAUAAAUCACCCUCAAAUUAAGCGUGUAGACACUGUCCCCACAUACACAUUUGGGGUUCUAUACUUUGUGGAGGUUGACAUUGAAUUGCCAGAAGAUGUACCCUUAAAAGAAGCACAUACCAUUGGAGAGACCCUGCAGAUUAAGAUUGAGAAGCUUCCGGACGUUGAGCGUGCAUUUUUUCAUCUAGACUUUGAGUGUGAUCACAAACCAGAGCACUCAGUUCUCAGCAAACUUCCCAACAAUCAGCCCUAA